UAGAGAGAAUACAAACUCAGAGGCAGUCGUCGGACUGGCAUGGCUGUGUGCAGCUCAGCACUGCGAUCUACAUCCAUGAGGCUCCUGCCUGGACGUUUGGAUUCUCUCUGCACGGCAACGCAGCCUUGAAACAGGUGCUGGACAGCAUGUUGCAGCUGCAUUGGGAGAUAGAGAGGGAAUAAUAAGGAGGGGGGGGGGGGGACAACCUUACCACACACUUGAGCGAUGUACCGUGAGAUUCUCUCUCUCUCGUUUCAGACCGUCAGGCUUUUCUGCACAGAGACCUGGGACUAAUGGAGGGAUGCAAUGACGUUACUCUCUGCUUGUCAUGCUUGAAUCACAGCUUCAUAUAUCCUUUUGUACCGGAGACCCUAUUGUCUGCAUCUGUCACUGCCGCCAGAUCAACCGUGGGGUAGCGUGGCGGACGGAGCCCCCUCCUCAACCCCCCUCUCCCUCGUCUGUGCCCCUGGCUUCUCAUCACUCCCAGCUCGCUCGUGUCUAUUUACCUCUCUUAAGCCACCCUCCCCUUUCUGUUAAGCUCCGUCUCUCUUGCCCUUCCGCUCCCUACUGCUUACUAUCUCCCUCUCUUUGCUCCUUCAAAGCAGGCAGUCUGCUUUUCCAUGCGAGCAGCUUGCUACAUGAUCUCCCGGAGAACAGUUUUCACCGCCGGUCUGCCUCCUCGCAAUUCCCGAGCCCUUCCAGAUUUCCAUCUCUACGACGGCAGGAUGCUCCCACGCGAGGAUUGAUCCCCAUCCGCCCCUUUUCACUCUCCCCUUCCCCUCCCUUGUCCUGAUCUCCUGCCCUCUGACCCUCACCCUGUUGUUCUCUACCCCCACCCUAACUCUCCCAUUCACCCUCACCCCGAGCCUCUUUCCCCCAUAACUCAUUUCACCCCCUUGACCAUGUUGCCAUGUGUCUGCUGGCUCCAACUUAUCCUCAUCUUGCUGUCCUCUGUCUCAUGGACCCGGGGGGAGAACUGCCCAACAUCCUGCAUGUGCCCAGAUCCUCACACUGUGGACUGCAGCGGACGUGGGCUGACCCGUCUACCCAAAGCGAUCCCCUUGGAUGUGCGCAGGCUGUUGCUGUCCGACAACUGGAUACCCCGCAUCCCCUCGGACUUCCUGGUUCUGUACAGUGACUUGGUCUACCUGGACCUCCGGAACAACUCCCUCUCCCAAAUAGAACCGGGGACCCUCAGCACCUCUUCCAGGCUGGUCUUCCUGGACCUGGGCAGCAACAAUCUGACUGAAAUCCCCAAGGGGACUUUCGGGGAGUCUCGGAGCCUGAUCAAACUACGGCUGGGCAACAACCCGUACCUGAGCAUGGUGAACGAGGACGCUUUCCUCGGCCUCACCUCUCUGAGAGAACUGGAACUGGAGCGCAACGCACUGUCCACGCUACAGGUGGGGGCGCUGAGUCAGUUGCCCUCCCUGCGGGCGGUGAGGCUAGAGGGCAACCCCUGGGUGUGCAACUGCAACUUUGCCAGCCUGUUCGCAUGGCUGAUGGAGAACAGUAACAAGCUUCCAAACGGGGUGGAAGGCAUGGAGUGCUCCCUCCCCAUGGACGGCAGACGCGUAUCCCUGACCCAGCUCUCCAAGGACAGCUUCCGUGAGUGCCAGGCCUCACUGACUCUAACAGACCUGCUUAUCAUCAUCUUCUCUGGCAUCUCCGUGUCUGUGGUGGCCAUCAUGACAAGCUUCUUCCUGGCUUCAACUGUUCAUUGCUUCCAGCGCUGGAGUAAAGGCACCAAGGGGGAUGAGGAAGAGAGUGAGGAGUGAGAAUUGGGUUCAGUUUUAAGGGCCCACGUGGUCCUGGUACUUCAAACAAUGAGAGGACACAACGCAGACAGUGUGCGCUAAGUUUCAUGCUGCCUCCUCCCUGGUGAACAUCCAGGACUGUUUAACGGUAGGAUCUUGCCCUAGUACGGUUGCAGUUGUUUUCUUUGCACAUGAGAUAUGGUAACGAAGGACAUUCCCAAGAAUGAGCCAACAAGAAAUAGUGUGUGCCCUGCUCCACUUGCAGAAUGAUAUUACAGAGAUCGUAUUUUUGGCUGUGACAGCCUGUGGUCAUCUUUUAUGGCUACUGGCUCUUGGCUCGAUGUUGAAGGCCUUCGUGAAUAUAGUGAGGCUCACACCUUUAUAAUGAAAGAGUAGAAGUGUUGCUGCAGUGCUGUCACAUUAGUAUUAGAAAUCCUGUAAAGUGACAUUAGGGCAAACUUUUAGAUGAUUUUCAUGGGGCUUUAGGGCAGAAUCCGUGAUCCCAUAAAAAAAGGAUGUCAUACCGAACCAAUGACCUCAGUAAUUAACUGCCUAUAACAUGAUAUGCUGGCAUAUCCUGCCAUUUUACAAUGUCUUUUUUGGACAGCCUCACUCGCAUUCAAAAGUGGUUCACAAGCCACUCUACCGUUGGCAAAUACUGUUGUUCCUUCUGCGUGUAAAAUUAGACAGUGGCAGAGGUGACAGUCGAGCAGGAAGGAUCUGGAUAAUGGCGAGAUGUAACUGUGCUGUAGGCAGGAAGAGAGUCUUUCAGCAGUAUAUUCAUUAUAUAAUCACAAAUUAAUGUACAAAAGAUAACAAUGUACAGUCAAGCAAACAUAUAAAUCAAGAGGAUAUACUGUAUGUUCCUUAGAUUGAUAACUGUGACCUGUGUAGAACGAUAAAAUAUAAUCUUGAAAAUUAUGGCAAAUACGGUACUAAAAUAGAAUCUACGUAUAACUAUUGUGUCAAAUAACGCACUUUAUAUGGUGAACCUAAUUUUGGCGAGCCCCUAAUUACACUAUGUAGACUGGUUUUGUCUUCAUCUGCCAAAGAGUAGGUUAGGGUGAAGGAGAGAUUGCAUAUAAGGACUUUGUUGUGGAUGAUGUGUUAUUUAGUGAGGUAGGGAAGGCAGCACUACGUAUAGCCAAAUCGCGCUUUGUAUACACACAUUAUACUCAACAUUUAUGGUCUCCAAAGAUUAGCAUUUCUCCUAGAACCAGCUGUCUUACUUUGCUUCAAACAUGGUAGUCUUUAAUUUCAACAGGGACUUCAGAAUAUAUGGAACAUUUUUGUUUUGUUUAAGAUAACCAGAAUUGAUACUCAGUCAGCUUAUUCUCCUAUUACUGAACAUCUUCCAAUAUCUUGUAGUAAAGCUGCAUAUUUGAUAUCCUGGAAAGGUGUCGUAUCAAAACUCUCACUGUAUCAACAGCAUCUGCAUUCACAAGAGCGACAGUACAGUACAAUCUAAAUUAAAUAAUGCAGCACCCUGAAUAGGAUGGGUUCCUGUUUGUUAUUUGCGUCCUGUAUGUUUAAAUCCUCAUCCAUUAUUAGCAUUUGGAAUGCUCAGAGUUGGAGUAUUUCUUUCCCAGAGAUUAUAAGGUAUGUUGCAUUGCUUCUCACAUUCUUGUAAGGCAUGAAUUAUUCAGCGAAAUUGAGAUAUGAACCAGAAAGAAUGUCAAACCUCCAAAUGCAAACAAGCAGAUAUAAAAAGAGCCGUGAGCAAAUGGAGUUAUAAUUUUUGCGUGGUCGUAACCCUGGAUGUGCAGCAUUGUGAAGCACAUUUUGCAGAAAUGACAAGAAAUAAAUAUGGCCUUAUUUAUUUUUGUUAUUUUUCAUUGGUAUCAGCAUCAAUAAAAGCACAACAAUUUGACAGGAAGGGAUUCUAGUACACACUUUUAAUCACAUGUUGUACCAUCCUGUAUUGCCGCAGUAUGUUUUCAUUAUUGUGUAUUGUCACAUCCUAUAAACAAUGUAGGUUUGUACUGUAUGGAUGUUGUGUAUAAAUUUGAAGACAAAUUCAAGGCACAUGCCCAUUGGAAGUCCAUUUUUUAACAGUCAAUUGACCUUUCGCUAAACCCCCCACACCCUGAACAGCAAUUGUCCAAUCAUAGCUUAGUAACUGUAGCAUGUCAACAGGCCUGUCCAGCUUUGAAUGAAGCGGUGUGCGUGGGGCUCAAAGAAGGGCGAUAUUCCGUAAGAGUUUGGAGGCUAGCGUCUUUUUUUGUAGUCUUUCAAAACCCUAAAAUACAAGAGCAAAUGUGUGAGGAAUGAAUUAAACUUUGCUGCAAACGUUAGCAUGUCCGGCUAACUGGCUUACUUCCUACAGUAGUAACCAAAUGUUUCUUCCAAUUGCAAUGGGCAUGCUAUUAGCUUACUACAUUAUUUUUUGAAGUUACAGGUUACAUUAGAAAAAUACCUGUUCAAGACUGACCACAGGAUGUGAGCCAAGAUGCUACUAUCAGGCUUCAGAUUAAUGAUAGCAAUUAUUCAAGGGAUCUUUUAGAGCAAAUACGAUUUUAAUUAACUUUUCAUUUUUUUUUACAAUACUGUAUGAUGCUAACUAGCUCUCCCGUGAAAUACACAAACAAUGCUGCUCAUUUGUUUACAUGUCCUGUACAUGGAUCAACAACUGAUGAGCAUGCUGAUGUUGACCUAUAGGACAUGUAGCUUUAGGCUGCAUUCACACCAGAUCCGUUGGUGUGGUGAAAAUGAAAGUCCUCCCAUUCAUUUUGAAUAGGGGUAGUGCGUUUGGGCUGCGGCUGACGUAAAAAUAGAAACAGAAUCAACUUUUGGAGGAACGCAACGUGACGCCACACUGCGGUGGGCAAUCACAUAACCAGCAAUCCAGAGCUGUACAACCCAGCCAUGAGGUUGACAUUAACCGCCGUGCAGUCAAUGGGCCAUUAGUAACACUCCCACACCGCCGCACAACCCUGCGGCAAAUUGCCACAACCCCUGAUAUGGUGUGAAUGCAGCCUUAGCCUCAGUCUUUUAGCAUGAUAUCAUGCAUGCAACCAUCAAUUGCAUAUUCGAGACCUUCUUACAGAGAUCUCAUUUUAAAACGUAUCCGACGGAAACAAUUAAAACCACAAGAUAGCUAAAGUGGAUUCAUUAGGUUAAGAGGUUUUCUUUCUCCCAGUUGAAGAAACUGCUUUAUUAACUGAUAUCUGAAGGUUCAUGUGCUGUAGUCAAGGAAUCAGAAGGAGAGUUUUUAUACAUAUCAUUAUCAUUUCCAACUACUGUGUAGUUACUGUAUAUUAACAAAUUAUUAUGUUAGCUGUUAGCUUGAAGCAUAUGUUAGCAUGACAAUUUUCUUUCUCUUACUCAUUUAUUAAGUAACAACUAUGAGCACAUUAGAGCAUGCACUGUUGAGUUACCUACAGUAUAAAGUUCAGAUUCAUGUCUAUUUUUCUAUUAAACCUUUCAGAAUGAAGCAUUUAUUUACUCGUCAGUCCCCCAAAGUCAUUUUCUGGCAUUACGCACCCUGAAAAGCAGAGACACCGGUGGCUGCUUUUGUAUACAGUUUGUCUUGACAUAGCUUCAAAUACCAAAAUCCAUGUUACAGUAUGUUUUGUCAGAUAAAUGUCAGAAUGGCUCAAAUGGAAAUAAAGUGACAGAGAGGAGUGUGAAGUUGUUGCUGCAGCUGAAUGCAUUUCCAAAUGUCAAACAGACCAUAAUGUGUAGCUGUAUAUUGAUGUUUGGUUAAAAAAAGAAAAUACAAUAAAAUCCAUUUUUUCUGUC